UCUGUCUCCCUAAAAAGCCUCUUCCAAAUCUGGCACGAAAGCAUUAAACUCUCAUUGAUCCCCAGCAAGGCAGCAACCCCCAUAUUAAGCAACUUCCCAGAGCACCCACCCUUCAAAACCUUCAAAAAUGGCCUCUUAUCUUUUCCUCUUCUCCCCAUGGCCCCCAAACCCACCUUCCCUAACAAAGCCUGCGCGUCUCUCUCCUAUGCCUCUCUCUUUCUCGUUGGAUCACUUUUGCUUCUUCUUCUACUCCUUUGCCCCUUCCGGUCCUUCCUAAACCCUAACCCUUAUUUCGGGUCCAAUCUGACAGAACCAAAUGUGCCCGACCCUCCCGACCCGAACUUCUAUGACGACCCGGAGCUGACCUAUUCCGUUGACAAAACCGUGAAGAACUGGGACGAGAAGCGAAGCCAUUGGCUGAAGCGUCAUCCAUCGCUCGCCGCUGGAUCACGCAAUCGGAUUCUGGUGAUCACGGGAUCACAGGCGUCCCCUUGUAAGAACCCCAUCGGCGAUCACUUACUCCUCAGGCUCUUCAAGAACAAGCUCGACUACUGCCGAAUCCACGGCUACGAUUUGUUCUACAACAACGCCUACCUGCACCCCAAGAUGAAUUCUUAUUGGGCCAAGCUCCCGGUGGUCCGGGCCGCCAUGAUUGCCCACCCCGAGGCAGAGUGGAUCUGGUGGGUCGACUCCGAUGCCGUUUUCACUGAUAUGGAGUUCAAGCUCCCACUGGACCGCUACAAAGCCCAUAAUCUUGUGGUCCAUGGGUGGCCCAAUAUGGUCUACGAGGACAAAGAUAACAAGAGCUGGACGGGUCUCAACGCUGGGGUGUUUCUGAUCAGGAAUUGUCAGUGGGCUAUGGACCUCAUUGAUAUAUGGGCUUCUAUGGGCCCUAAGAGCCCAAACUACGAGAAGUGGGGCCAUGUCCUUCAAAUGACGUUUAAGGACAAGCCGUUCCCUCUCCCAGACGACCAAUCCUCUCUGAUUUAUUUGCUCUUCACGAAUAAACCCAAAUGGGGGGACAAGACCUACCUAGAGAGCGAGUAUUACUUUCAAGGGUAUUGGAUAGGGUUAGUGAAGAUGUAUGAUAACAUCGCCAAGAGGUACACGAAGAUUGAUAUACACACGCCCAUUUUGAGGAGAAGACACGCGGAAAAACUUAGCGAGUAUUACGCUGCGCUGAGAGAGCCGUACCUUGAGAACGCGGGUUAUGAGAGUGGAAAUGGUAAGAGGCCCUUUGUCACGCACUUCACGGGGUGUCAGCCUUGUAAUGGAGAACACAAUCCUUUGUAUGCUGGGGACAUGUGCUGGAACGAGAUUCAAAGGGCUUUGAAUUUUGCUGACAAUCAGGUGCUUCGCAAGUAUGGUUUUGUGCACCCGGAUCUACUGAAUCCCUCCUUGGUGGCUCCUCUUCCAUUUGAUUACCCUGCCUGAUCGGUCAUCAUGAUCGAAGGUAUGAACAAUAACUUGCUUUUAUGGUUCAGAUUACUAGUAAUUUAAGUAUUAAAUGUAAGAGUUUUUAGUGCUUCGGCCUCCGGAUCCUAUACUCUUUUACAUCUGUGUUUGAAUUGUUAGCAAAUUAUUGUAAAUUCCUAUCCGAAUCCUAGUUUUAAUUGCAAUUAAACCGAAUUGGAACA